AAGAUGCAAGAUGCAGGAUGCAGAUGAGAGAUGACAGAUGGACAGAUGAGAUUCUGAGAGAUGCGUGGUUCUGAGGGAAGCUGUGAAAACCAGAAAUUUUGAUUUGGACUGGUUUUUGUUUUGAUGUCUGUCUUCGACUCUUCGCUGCUGUCGUCUGACUCGUCCGAGCCACAAAAGGUCAAUGAAUUGGACAAACAAAAAUAUAGGGAAUAUAUAGUUGAUAAAAAUAAGUGCGAUCCAAACAGUUUCGCUGCUUAGGAGCGUUGGAAAAAUUAUGUGAACAUCACUCAAAAUGGCAUUUUUAUGCCCUGUUCGCAUUAGACGUGGAAAAAAGAAAAAAGCUGCAAGUGUUGAUUUGGAAAAAGAACUUGCCAGAACCAACAAUGGGGUUACACCUGGUAUGGGCAGGAUCACAGGAUCUGCUAGUAUUGAAACACUUGUUAGAGUUGGAAUUGAAAAGGAACAUGGGCUGUCUCCGGAUAGCAAAAUGGUUGUUUUACAUGAUUUCACCCCUUGUGUUGAUGAUGAAUUAGAAGUCAAAAGAGGACAGAUUGUUAAUAUUUUGUACCGUGAAAAUGAUUGGGUAUAUGUGAUAGGUGUAGAUACAAGGCAAGAAGGAUUCAUUCCAUACUCAUAUUGCACUCCUUACAAUAAUCAUCUGGCAGAGUUAGCAAUAAAGAAAAAACUUCCAAGAGAAGCACAUUUAGCUUCUGGAGAGAGUUUAGAUCCAAGUAAUGACUGUGAUGCUGCUGCCAUUGAUACUAGUGACUGUGAUUCCCUUGGCAAAAAACAUGCAACAGGUGCUGCCUCACCUAUCAGUAUUCAUUCUGAACCAGAUAUGAUACCUUUUUCAAAGGAUCCAUCUGGACGCUAUAUUGUACUGUAUACUUUCAUUGCAAGGGAUGAAAAUGAUGUAUCAGUUGAAAGAGGAGAGUUUGUAACAGUUCUCAAUAGAGAAGAUCCAGAUUGGUACUGGAUUGUAAGAAGUGAUGGCCAAGAAGGAUUCAUCCCUUCUGGAUUUGUAUAUCCUGCUGAUAAUGUGAUACAAGGCCACCUGAACCCCUCUACACAGCCCGGAUCGGGCCCCUUCCCCAACCAGACCAACCCGCACGCCCCGCCCACCUCCAACGCCGACGACCUGCGCUACCACGGCACCGAGCUCGUCAUGCUCUACGACUACAAAGCGCAGGCGCCCGACGACCUCACCGUCCGUAGGGGCGACUGGAUCUACGCCGAUCUCGACAACCAGACGGUCGACGGGUGGCUGUGGGCGUACGCGCCCAAAACGAGAAAGUACGGCUUCAUACCGAAGGCGUACGCCCGCCCGCCCGCCAUGACCAGUCUCUGAUGAUGGGGCGGUUCCGCAAGUUCCUUAACACGUUCGUACUAUCGGCUUGUUCGUUAUGUUUCAGGUUGUUCGUGAAUAAUUUCGAGUUGGCAACAGCGCAAAAAUAGAUUGUU